ACAAGCAAUCACUCUAACACCUAUCAAAACCCUUUCUCUUGUUUACUUGUUAGUAUUUUUAUUUUUAAUACAUUUUCUUCAUAUCCUCCUCCACACUAAAUAGACUUAUUUUUACCAAGUACUUCAAAAAAAAAUGGCUAAUCUAAUCAACUAAAAGCUAAAAGAAAGUAGUAUAUACCACAGAAGAAACACCCUUGAGCGAUCAAAACCUCAACAGACGUGCCACGUCAACUUCAAAUCCCGCUGUUUUCUCAUCUUUGGUUCUCUAUGCCAUCUUUCUCUUCUGAUUCAUCUACAUCCUCUGUAACAACUGUUUUUUCCUAGGGUUUACAAUUUCCCCCUUUCUAGAGUUUAUGCUUCUCAAUUGAAUCUCCCACCACACCAAUUAUUUUGCAAUUAAACAAAUGACGACAGCUAGAUUGGUUGUUUUUCCAGUAAAGGGUAGAAAUUGGUGCUUUAGUAGGUCAAUUGAUCCAUUCAUCCCCGGUUCAACACAAUCUUCGUCGUCGGCAACUCCAUCCACAGUAACAGAUCUUUGGAAAUCUCUCUCCUCUACUUCUCAACCUAUUUCUUCUGCUAAUGCCGAACUUCUUAUCGACUUUGUCUCCAAUAAGAUGAAUAACACUUGGAUGGGUCUAGAGAAGGCGCCACAAGGGUCUUUCAAAAAUAAGAUUUAUGGUGUGGGGUUGUGGCUGCUUGCUCGAGUUAAACCAUCCGAGAUCUUCUUGAAAUCUAUAUCAAAGGAUGUCUCUGGAGUUGAAAUUACAUAUCCAACAAGUUUGAAUGCUAGACUUGUACGACGGAGAGUAAGGCACCUUGCUAUGAGCGGAGCAAUCAUUCACAAAAACUAUUUGUAUGGCUCUGCUUCAUUGCUUCCAGUGUCUACGGUUUUUAUGGUUCUACCGCUUCCCAACAUCCCAUUUUUUUGGCUACUAUAUCGUUCAUAUUCCCAUUGGCGUGCCUGGCAGGGUAGUGAAAAGCUUCUCCAACUUGUUUCUGAUGGUUCAAAUGUUCCGUGUGAUAGAAGGAAAGAAAAUGAAGACCAUGAUAGCUUCCAUAGUGAAAGUCUAGAGGUGACCAAACCAUCUUGGGUCAUGCGGCCAUCAAAGGAAUUGGAAGAACUUAUUCAUCGAGCACGUUGUGAUGAUGGCCUGAACAAAUCUGCGAUAACUGAAAUUUGCAAAACUUUUGAGUUGAAUCCACAAGAGGUUCUCAAGUACCAAAAGCUUUAGUUGUAGAUUUGGAUAUAGGGUUAACAGGGAUAGUUGAAGUUUUAUUUAGUGGAAGUGGAUUUUCUUAUUGUUGGAAGAUGAGUUUUGCCAUCUUUUUCGUUGAUAAUAUUAGGGCAUUGAUGGAAUCUGUUUCAAAAUUUCAAUUUAUAAAAUCAUCUCAAUUUGUGGUUUCCAUGCCUACAUUUAUAUUAAUUUUCUGUGAUAUUCAUAG